UCUCUCGGCGCACCUCCCACGCCAUCUGUGGAAAGUAUGGAGGCGAGACAAGCUGAACUCCUCGGAAUCCCGCGACAAACCUCUUUCUCCUCCACUGCCACCAGUCCGAGUGCAGCCGAAGCUACAUCCCCGUCAGCGAUGGACCUGACUUCUCCAAUCAACCCGACAAAUCACGAAUUCGCUUUCCUUCUCACGCCGCACUUACCGUACGAACCUGACUUCGCGACUACAUUCUCCACGCUAUGCGACACGUUGAUCGACACGUAUGCGAAACUACUGGAAUUGAUCACGGGUCCAGAAGCGUGUAAUGGACAGGUUGGAGCAGAGUUUGUGAAGGCGGACAAGGCGAUUCGGAAGGUACUAGUUGUCAAUGCGGUGCGGGAGCUGGAAGAAGGAACGAGGACAGGAUUGAAGGCAGAGGUGGGCGGCUUGGGAAAGCUGGUUCUGGGUGGAUUGAUGUGAACGGCAUGAGAUUGUGAGGAUGUGGUUGUUGGAUUUUGGAAGGGCCAUGUGAUGGGAAGAGAAGGAAGACGGAACGAUAUACCCCCUACUUAUGCUGACGAUGUGCAUAUGCCAUUUUGCAGGAAUUUGAUAGCAACACGU